AUGACCUUGGCUACGCUCCGCGAAUCUAUCCAGGCCGAAUCGACCAUCCCUCCAACCUCACAACACAUCUAUCACAACGGUCGUCUGAUCUCGGAUGAUACGCAAACAAUGGAGCAGCUGCAGAUUGCUGAUGGGGAGAUGCUGGCCCUACAUGUCCGGGAUAUGAGAGGCAGCACCGGUGUACCGGAACAAGCCCGACGCCCUCAACCAAGGAGACAGGCCAGAAAUGAGCAGGAUCCUGAACUGAUUCGGCUUCAGAUCCUUGGGCAGCCUGCUUUGAGGCAGCAGCUUCAGUCCCAGCACCCCGAGCUGGCUUCCGCGGUUGACGAUCCCGCCCGCUUUGCACAGAUCUUCCUCGACAGCCAGAACCGGGAGCAACGUGAGCGCCAGGAACGGCAACGGGAGAUUGAGAGACUGAACGACGACCCUUUCAAUAUUGAAAACCAGAGAAAGAUCGAGGAAAUGAUUCGACAAGAGCGAGUUAUGGAGAACCUACAGAAUGCUAUGGAACACAACCCCGAAGUGUUUGGUAGAGUCCACAUGCUCUAUGUCGAUGUGGAAGUCAAUGGCCACCCAGUUAAGGCCUUUGUGGAUUCUGGUGCUCAAGCUACCAUUAUGUCUCCUUCGUGCGCCGAGGCGUGCGGAAUUAUGAGACUUGUUGAUACCCGCUUUGCCGGUGUUGCUCGUGGUGUUGGUACAGCCAACAUCAUUGGCCGUGUUCAUUCUGCCCAGAUUAAAAUCGGAAACUUGUUCUUGCCCUGCAGUUUCACUGUCAUGGAGGGUAAAUCAGUCGAUCUUUUGCUUGGCCUCGACAUGUUGAAACGAUACCAAGCCACCAUCGAUCUAGCCAAGGACAAGCUGUGCAUUCAGGGUGAAGAGGUCCCUUUCUUGGGAGAGGCCGAGAUCCCCAAGGAUGAAGAGGCAGCAGCUGUACAGGAGCCGACUUUGCCCGGCCCUGAUGGUACAACAAUUGGACAGCGCUCCGGAGCUGUCGUGCCUCCUGGCCAGCAGCAACAACCGGCAUCAACUGCUCCGGCACAGGCCGCUCCGCCUGCGCAAGCCCCAGCCCCUGCACCCCAAUCCCAGCCGGCAGCUCAACCUGCUGCUGCUCCGAGAACAAACAUCUCACCACAGGCUAUUGAGAGCCUGGUCUCGAUGGGUGCAACUAGGGAGCAAGCUAUCCAGGCCCUUCAGGCUGCAGACGGCAACCCCGAUGUUGCCGCCAGUCUGAUUUUCUUCUAG